UCUGUCCGCCGGCCGUCCUCCUCCUCUCAAAGUCUCUCAGCUCUGCCCACCUCUGCUGCUUCUCACAACACCAACACGCUUGGGUUCGGCGUUCCUUCUCUGGACUUUGUCGCUGAAGAGUCGCCUCCUGCUCAGGAUGCGUUGCGUGAGCUGGCUGCUGCUGGGAACCUGCCUCCUGGUGCUCGGCCCGGCGGUGCAGGGCGCCCCCAGCCAGUGUCCCACCCUCUGCCACUGCCACGGCGACCUCCAGCACGUCAUCUGUGACGGCGUAGGGCUGAAGAAGAUCCCUCGGGUGUCGGAGGCCACCCGGCUGCUGAACCUGCAGAGGAACAACCUGGGCGGCAUCCCGACCGGAGCCUUCAGCGACAGCAAAGGGCUCAUCUCCCUGCACAUGCAGCACUGCCAGCUCCGGGAGAUCGGAUCGCAGGCCUUCAAGGGGCUCAAGAAGCUCAUCUACCUCUACCUGUCCAACAACGAGAUCAGCAGCAUCAAGCCGGGCGCCUUCGAGGACCUCGCCGAGCUCACCUACCUCUACCUGGACGGGAACCAGAUCUCCGACUUGGCCAAAGGCAUCUUCUCGCCGAUGAUCAACCUCUUCAUCCUGCAGCUCAACGACAACAAGCUGAGGGAGCUCCGGCAGGGGACGUUCGCCGGCGCCAAAGACCUGCGCUGGCUGCACAUGAGCGGCAACGAGCUGACGACGCUGCAGCCCGGCUCUCUGGACGACGUGGAGAACCUCGCCAUCCUCCACCUGGACCGCAACAAGAUGUCCGUCUACCCCAGCGCCGCCAUGAGCAAACUGAGGGUGGUGGAGGAGCUGACGCUGGGCAGGAACCCCAUGAGGAACAUCCCCGACAACGCCUUCCAGAGCUUCGGCCGCUACAUGGAGAAGCUACACCUGGACGGCAUGGGUCUGGAGAAGUUCUCUGAUGGGGCGUUUACUGGCGUGACGGCGGUAAAGUCGCUUCACCUGGACAACAACAAGCUAAAGUUGCUUCCCAAAAGCCUGGAGUUCGGCACCAUCACCAACCUCACCAUCUCCAACAACCCGUGGAGCUGCACCUGUCAGCUGGCUCCACUUCGCAGGUGGAUGGACUCCAGCCGUAACCGCCCAGAUGCAGUUUGUGCAUCUCCACCUUCACAGAAAGGAAAACAGGUCAGAGAAAGUCCGGCCUUCAGCGGCUGCAGAGUGAAGGGGAAGCGAGCCAAGAAGGGAACACGUCACUGAAGCCAUGAAGGAGGCGCUGAUGAGGAGGAGGAGGAGGAGGAGGAGGAGGAGGAGGAAGAGCCUGUCCAGGAGACCGGCUGAACGCUAACUGAUUCUACUUUCAGACUAUCUGUUGUCGCUCUCUGUCUGUCUCAAACACAUGUGGACUUACUUUCAUUCAUUCAUAUCCAAGAUGAAGACUAAAGUAUGUGGAAGCAGGUAGAACCCAAACAGAGGAUGAAUUUGUGGAAGAAGGGGGCUGAAGGAAGCAUUAAGGAGAGUAAACAAGAAGGAAACAAGGUUCAGGUUCUUGAUGAGCAUGAAAACAUUCCGAGUUAGUUGGAAAACUGAUCCUUAGCUUAGCAUACUAGGCAUAAAGACCAGAAACAGCUUCCUUCUGCAGCUCAUUAUUUAACACUUUAUAUCUGGUAUUAAUCAAUAUCUCUCUGCUAUCAAUAUCCUCAGGUAGCUCUGACUAACCCCAUUUCCCAAAAUGUCACAAACUAUUCCUUUAAUUUAUAGAUUUUUUUGGUUAUUUGAGGAGCAGCGGAACAAAGUGAAAUUGUAAUACAGAUUCAAUUGUAAUACAGAUAUUUUGCUGAAUUUUUCUCGACAUUUGGCCCUUUAAUCCACAUUUUAGGUCACUCAAACUAAGAUUUAAAAUGCAGAUUUUUAAAAUUUGUACAUCCCCAUUGGUAUUUUGUGAAAUGAGCUGCACAAAACAACAACAGUGCAUAUAUACCAGUUUCUUUAAGUCUAGUUUGCAUUAUACUGCAAAAAAGAAAUAAUAAUCUGAGAGAAAAACAGUGAUAUUCUGUUGCAAAGAUGCCAGAAAAAUAUUCUAAAAACUGUGGAUUGCAGUAAUGCGCCAAAAAUCAGUGAAAAUAAUGGCAAAUAUCUGUUUUUUUACUGAUAUAAAAGCAGUAAAACUAAUUUUACAGUCACACACUGUAAAAUAAUGGUAAUAAUGUCUGAUGUGGACAUUAUUUACAGUUUUGGCCUGUUUUUUUCCAACAUGUAGGAGCUUUAUUUGGUUUAUUUUUGGAUUAAUGUUGCUAAAAACAGAAAAAAAAUGCUCAAAACGCUGUCCUGCGUUGAAUUUUUUUUACUUAUAACUCAAGAAUUAAAGGGAAGAAACUUAUAAAAACAGAAACUUUAUGCAUUUAUUUAGUUUUUUCAGAAGUAAAACUAAGUACUGGAUGAGUAGUAGUCCUGUUAAAAUAUUUAUAUCCAUCCCUCAUGUGUAAUAAAUUCAUCUAUUGUUGAUAAAACUACAAGGUGCAGCUUUAAUCUUUAUAUUUUGAAAGUUAAUUCCAUAAACAAGGGACCAAUAAGACUUUAAGGGGUGCAGAAGCUUAACAAGAGUAUUUUUCCUUUCUGAAGAGCUACAAAAUUGGAGUUACUUUUUUGUCUGAGAAUGUAAAAGGAGGAGAUGGAUGUGGGAUCAUUAAUGCAAAUUCCGUGUAAACGUUUUAUUUUACAGCAACUAUCUCAUGUAUAUUCAGCAUCUUGACACGUGCAGGACUUUUGGAUGUGGAGACCAGAGCUCACAUCCAAUAAAACUUUUACAAAAACAA